UUUACUUGAAUUUGGAUAAUUGAGUCAUCUGAGUAAUGGUUGGCUGAAAAAAUAACUAAGAAAAAUAAAUGAACCACCAUUGACUUGGUCAACUAGCAAAAAGCUGGCAAUGUAAAAACAAAGUCGGAAUGGCAAAAUGUACUGUCAAUGAAGCAUUUUACUAUUAUUAUAGGUUCCCAGUGAAGUGAAAUAGAGCUACCCCUUUUUAUGAAUGUUUUUCAUAUCAUCAAAAAACCAUUAAAAAAAUGCAGUUGGCUCAAGUUGCUGGAAAAGUUUAUCUUAUGCAGUUAAGUAAUUUUCUCUUUGUGUUGUCUGGAGUGUUAGUGAUUUUAUGUCCAUGUGAUGCAAGGAGCACAAUUGAUAGAAGCAGUAAGUUAGUAGACAAUGGUGAAACUCUUGUAUCUACUGGAAAAAAGUUCCAAAUGGGAUUCUUUUCUGAUGAUGGAGAUCAUUUAAACAGAUAUGUAGGCAUAUGGUAUUACAAAUUAAGUCCCAGAACCGUUGUAUGGGUUGCUAAAGGGAAUAAUCCGAUUCGAGGAUCAAAUAUAGAGAAUGAGGAUAAUUCCGUCGUCGUUGCUGAAGAUGGUAACCUCAUAGUGUGGUAUUCAAAUAGUGACUACACUUAUUUCUCCUCAGGACUACCAAGUGAUGAGAAUUCUAACAGGACAGUAAAGUUGUUGGAUUCAGGGAACUUGGUUUUAGUUGAUGAAUCGGGAGAUAAACUAUGGGAGAGUUUUUUGCAUCCAACUGAUACUUUUCUUCCUGGAAUGACAAUGGAUGAGAAUUUGAAGUUGACUGACUCAAAAAGUGGGAAGUACAUAUUUCAAUUAGAUCAAUAUAACAAGAAGACAUAUGUUAUACGUCAGACGCAAGGCGGGAUUCACUGGAAAGGGUCUGUACCUUUAGAUAAUUCUGGUAAAGGUAAUUCUGUACCCUUCAGAUUCAGUGAGAUGCCUGCUUAUGUCGCCUACUUAUUAAACUUUACAGAGAGUGACAUUCUCAAUAACACAGGAACAUCAUUCAACAGAAAAUAUACUCCUAUUGAUUUUAAAACUUAUGCCAACUACAGUAUCAACAAUUCUAAUUUCGAAGGUACUAGACUCCUGAUGAACUCCUCCGGGGAAAUACAGUUCUACAGUUGGGAUAAAGAGAUAUGGUCUGCACCAAAAGAUAAAUGCGAUGUGUAUAAAGCAUGUGGAAAAUUUGAGAUUUGUAACAACAACGUCAACCAUGAGGGGUCAGUGUGCAGGUGUUUGCAUGGGUUUAACCCCGAUCCUCGAGAGUAUGACGAAGAAGGGGAACAGCAAUUUUCAGGUGGUUGUUCGAGAACACCAGUUAGCUCUUGCGAAAGAGACACGUUUGUGGAUUUGACGUCAAUGAAAUUUGGGAGACCGGACGGGUCUAACAAGAGUAUUACCAGUGAGGUCUGCAGGAGAAAUUGUCUGGGCAACUGCACGUGCCAAGCAUACACAUAUUCUAAUAAUUCUGGAUGCUGGUUUUGGUGGUCGAAUCUCUACAAUCUCCAGGAGAACUACGCUGGUGGCUUCAACCUCUCUAUCCGCGUGCCCCAUAUUGAAGUUGCAGUACAAGGACCAUUGAGCACAAAUACGGCACCUUCACGGGAUCAGAGAGCCCUUGUUAUUCCCAUCACGCUAAUUCUUGGAGUUAUGAUUUUGUGCGGUACUUGUUAUAUAAUUUAUCUGCACAGAAGAGCGGCAAGAAGUAAAGAAGCCCAAGAUAUUGUUUUAGGGCAGCCUAUGGAGUACUUGCCUCAUAGAGAUAGUUCGGAUGAAGAUUUAAUCACUGAAGAUGAUAAAAAACGGAUUGAUGUCCCGUUUUUCAGCUUGAAUAGCAUACUAGUUGCUACAGAAAACUUCUCCAAUGCAACUAAGCUUGGGCGAGGUGGAUUUGGACCUGUUUAUGAGGGUAAGUUUCUGGGAGGUACAUAUAUGGCAGUGAAAAGGUUGUCAAGUCAAUCAGGACAAGGUGUUGAAGAAUUUAAAACUGAAGUAAUGUUAAUCGCCAAAUUGCAGCACAGAAAUUUAGUUAGGCUUCUAGGCUAUUGUGUUGAGGCAAAGGAAAAGAUUUUGUUAUAUGAAUAUAUGCCCAACAAAAGCUUGGAUACAUUUCUAUUCGAUCAUGCAUCCUGCCAAUUAUUGGACUGGAGGAUUCGUUUCGAAAUUAUUUUGGGUGUUGCUCGAGGGCUACUUUAUCUUCACCAAGACUCAAGGCUAAGGAUCAUUCAUAGAGAUCUAAAGACAAGCAACAUAUUGUUAGAUGAAGAAAUGAACGCCAAAAUUUCAGAUUUUGGCUUGGCAAGGAUCGUUGAAGGCAAAAAUACAGAAGCUAAUACUAACAAAGUCGUUGGAACUUAUGGUUAUAUGUCACCGGAGUAUGCAUUGGAGGGACUCUUUUCAAUCAAGUCUGAUGUAUUUGCCUUCGGAGUGGUCCUACUCGAAAUCAUAAGUGGGAAGAGAAACAUGGAAUUUUUCGAAGAUGUAAACCUCACUGGUUAUAUAUGGAGACUGUGGAUGAAAGAUAGGGCAUUAGACGUGAUGGAUCAAACCAUUGUUGAGUCGUGCGAUGAAAAAGAAGUUAUAAAGUGCGUGAAUGUGGCACUUCUGUGUGUGCAAGAAGAUCCAGCUGAGCGCCCCACAAUGUCAAAUGUUGUCUUUAUGCUUGGAGGUGAAAGCAUGACACUUCCGAGACCAAAUCAACCAGCUUUUAUCACACGAAGAAAUAGUGCUGGUGCAAGUACAUCUUCUUCCUCUUCUAAGCUGUACAGCUCUUCCAACAAUGGGAACACCAUCAAUGGAAGCAGUAAGUUAGUUGACAAUGAGGAAACUCUAGUAUCUACUGGAGAGAAGUUUGAAAUGGGAUUCUUUUCUUAUGAUGGAGAUCAGUUAAACAAAUAUGUGGGCAUAUGGUAUUACAAUUUGAGUCCAAGAACUGUUGUAUGGGUUGCUAAUUGGAAAAAUCCGAUUCAAGCUUCAAGAAUUAAGAAUGAGGAUAUUUCCGUCGUCGUUGAAGAUGGUGACCUCAAAGUGUGGAAUUCAAAUAGUAAAGACACUUAUUUCUCCACACAAAUCGGUAGUGCUGAUAACGGGACAGUAGAGUUGUUGGAUACAGGGAACUUGGUUUUAGUUGCUGAAUCAGGAGUUAAACUAUGGCAGAGUUUUCUGUAUCCAACCAAUACUUUUCUUCCUGGAAUGAAAAUGGAUGAGAAGUUGAAGUUGACUGACUCAAAAAGUGGGAAGUACACAUUCCAAUUUGAUCAAUCAAGCAAAAAGAAAUAUGUUAUACUUCAGACGCAAGGCGGGAUUCACUGGAAAGGGUCCGCGAAAUUAGCUACUUCUGGACAUUUCAGUUUCAAUCAGAUGCCUGGUUAUCUCGCUUACAUGUUGUCCAACUUCACUGAGAAUGACACUGUCAAUAAUUCAGUGGAAGCGACGACAGGAACAUUCAAGUAUUAUAGGCUCCUAAUGAACUCCUCGGGGGAAAUACAAUUCUAUGGUUUGGAUAACGAUAUAAGUGGAUGGUCUUUGAUUUGGUCAGCGCCAAAAGAUACAUGUGAUGUGUAUAAGAAAUGUGGGAAGUUUAGCAUUUGUAACAGCAACCUUGAGCCAGCAUGCAAGUGUUUGCCCGGGUUUGAGCCCGACUCUGCUGAAAAUUUAAGAGCUGGAGGAUUUUCAGGUGGUUGUUCCAGGAUGUCAGUUAACUCCUGCAAAGACAAUGUGGAAGCACUUGACACGUUCUUGGAUCUGAAGUCAAUGAAAUUCGGGAGUCCAGACCGGUUAUACAAAAAGAUUAAUACCAAUGAGGACUGCAGGAAAUUUUGUCUAGGCAACUGCACGUGCGAGGCCUAUACUUUUGAUAAUUCUGGAUGCUGGAUUUGGUUCUCUAGUCUCAAGAAUCUCCAGGAGAACUACAAUGGUGGCUUCAACCUCUCUGUCCGUGUCAGCAUUUCCAAAAUUGAAGCAACAAGGAGAAAUUGCAAGCCUUGUGGCACAAACCAAAUACCAUAUCCAUUAAGCAGUGGACCAUAUUGUGGAGACCCUUUGUAUUAUAGUUUCUCAUGUGAUGAUUUAGCCGGCCAGGUAAGCUUCCAGACAUCGAAAGGCAACUAUACCGUUAUUAACUUUGAUAGGGGGGACAACACGUUUGUUAUAGAAGCAGCCGACAAAGAAUCUGCUGGUAAUUGUGAUGACAAAGGGCUGGUGACAGGAAUUUCUUGGUUCAACCAGUCAUCGUCUUUUAAGGUGAUAGACUGGUGUUACAAUCCCAAAAAGAAUCUUACUUCGGCAGCUUUAAGUCGAAGGAACGAUUUAAUAUUGAUCAGUUGGAAUCCCCCAUUGGAGCCAAUUUGCACUACCUCAGAAAACUGCACAGAUUGGCCAAAUUCAACAUGCAAUGUAACAGAACAAGGAGAUAGGAGAUGCACAUGCAAAUCUGAUUACAAAUGGGAUGGUUUGAUCUCGAAUUGUUCCUUGAGCUCAGACCAUGGAACACAAGGACCAUCUAUUGCGAAACGGGCCCCCUCACGGAAUCAGAGAGCUCUUUUAAUUUCCAUCUCUUUAAUUCUUGGAAUUAUAAUUUUGUGCAGCACUAGUUACAUAAUAUACCUGAACAAUAGAGUGGCAAGAACUAAAGAAUCCAGAAAAAUUGUUUUGGGGAAUCCUAUGGAGCACUUGCCUCGUAGAGAAAUUAUCAAUGAAGAUUUGAUCACUGCAGAUGAAAAGAAACAGAUUGAUGUUCCAUUUUUCAGCUUGAAUAGCAUACUAGUAGCUACAGACUACUUUUCCAAUGCAACUAAGCUUGGGCAAGGUGGAUUUGGACCUGUUUAUAAGGGUAAGUUUCCUGAAGGUGCAGACUUGGCAGUGAAAAGGUUGUCAAGUCAUUCCGGACAAGGUGUUGAAGAAUUUAAAACUGAAGUAAUGUUAAUUGCCAAACUGCAGCACAGAAAUUUAGUUAGGCUUCUAGGCUAUUGUGUUGAGGCAAAUGAAAAGAUUUUGCUAUAUGAAUAUAUGUCCAACAAAAGCUUGGAUACAUUUAUAUUCGAUCAUAGAUUGUGCCAAUUAUUGGACUGGAGGACACGUUUCGACAUUGUAUUGGGUAUCGCUCGAGGGCUUCUUUAUCUUCACCAAGACUCAAGGCUAAGGAUUAUUCAUAGAGAUCUAAAGACAAGCAACAUAUUGUUAGAUGAAGAAAUGAAUGCCAAAAUUUCAGAUUUUGGGUUGGCAAGGAUUGUUGAAGGAAAAAGUACAGAAGCUAAUACAAACAGAGUUGUUGGAACUUAUGGCUAUAUGUCACCGGAGUAUGCAUUGGAGGGACUCUUUUCGAUCAAAUCCGAUGUAUUUGCCUUCGGAGUGGUAGUACUAGAAAUCAUCAGUGGAAAGAGAAACAUGAAUUUUUUCGAAGAUGUAAAUCUCACUGGUUAUGUAUGGAGACUGUGGAUGAAAGACAAGGCAUUAGACAUGAUGGAUCAAACUAUUGUUGAUUCGUGCGAGGACAAGGAAGUGAUAAAGUGCAUAAAUGUGGCACUUCUAUGCUUGCAAGAAGAUCCAGGUGAUCGUCCCACAAUGUCAAAUGUAGUCCUUAUGCUUGGAGGCGAAAGCAUGACUCUUCCAAGACCAAAUCAACCACAUUUUAUCACAAGAAGAAAUGCUUCAAGUACAUCUUCUUCCUCUUCUAAGCACUACAGCACUUCCAACAAACAGUUGACGAUAACUCAUGAAGAAGAAGGCCGAUGACAUAUAGAUGUAAAUGCAUGACGAAUAAGUAAACAGUAUUUUAAGAGAUCAUCUACUCCAUACUUUUCUUUUGACUCAGUGUGAUUCUUCCAUUUAAACUUUUGGCGUGCUUAAUACAAAUUGUUUCUUCCCACUA